UCUCAAUUUCUCUGUACAAUGAGCAUUUAAUACCAAAUUAUUUACUCUAAUUAUGUGUUGAAUUAUAAAUUAAAUGUGUGAACACAAUGUUAAUAUUUUCAUAAUUUAACGUUGUAGAAUUAAAAUUUAAUGGGUUGAAAAUGGAUUACGAUGAAGAGCUUAAGGAUACUUUGAAAAGUGAUUUAUUUGGCUCAAAUUCAUCGCAUUUAGUUCUCAUGUCAAUCCUCAUUCUCUUAUCCUCCGGAGUACACAUUUACCUCACCAACCUCGGCAAUUCAAUCGCGAAUUUCAUCCUAGGAUUUUUAACAUUUUUUUUCAUUUUUAAUCCUUCAGUUGUUUUGAUCAUCACACUCAUGACCUACAGUAUAACGUUAUCAUCAACUUUGUGUCUAUUAUUGGUUGUGACGCUGAUAAAACAGAAAGUGUGGAUCAUGCAUUUGAAUCGGAAAAUUCAAUUAUUUUUAUACCUCUAUGACAUUCUCAUCUCUUUCCUCAUCUUCUCAUUACUCAACAAAAUUUGGAGAUCGCCUUGUAAUGUGAGUAACGAAGGUUUACCGAAUUGGUAUUACAAUGAGUUGGAGUUGAAUAAACAGAACAUUUGGACGCCAUUCACCGGCAUGGGUAACACUCUCUUCAAACCCAAUGAUACCAUUAACAUUUAAUAUCAUACUACUGUA